AUGGCAAGCGUUUCACGGCUGUUCCAGUUAAGCGGAACCUGCAACAACUAUCCAUGGGGAAAGAAAGGUCACCAGUCGCUCGCUGCCGAACUCUGCAAAAAUACACCUGGAACCAACUUCACCAUAAAUGAUGACGAUUAUUACUCCGAGAUGUGGUUUGGCGACUACCCAGACUUUCCUGCGAGAGAUCUGGAAACAGGUCAACCGCUUGCCGUCCUCUUGAAAUCCAACGAGGAAAAGUUGCUUGGCUCAUACUCAGUGGAGAAGUUUGGAAAAAAUCUCCCGUUUCUACCAAAGAUCCUUUCAAUAGGCAAAGCUCUGCCAUUACAAAUUCACCCAAACAAAUCACUUGCAGCCAAACUUCACGAGAAAGACCCCGAAAAGUUCUCAGACACCAACCACAAGCCAGAGAUCGCGGUGGCUCUGUCACAAUUCGAACUGUUUGCUGGCUGGAGAGACUUGAACCAAAUAUCACCCAUGUUCAAUAUACCGAGUCUACGGCGCUUCGUUCCAGAAGGGACAAAUCUUUGGAACGAAGAAACUCUACGAAACGUUGUCCGUGAAUUAUUGAAGGCCGAUGAACAAACUAUCCAGAAGAUUGAAGAGGAGCUGAAGCAACAAUCUUUAGAAGACAUUCAGAAACUUGGCUAUCCAAGCCAAACUUUUGAGUUGCUUCAGCGCUUGCAAUCUCAAUAUUCUGCUACGGACCCAGGGCUGUUGAUUGCAAUUCUAUGCAUGAAAUUCUUUAUACUAGAGCCUGGCGAAGCAAUGUUUAUCCCAGCUGAUGGUAUUCAUUGCUAUUUGUCGGGAGACAUUGUGGAGUGCAUGGCUCGUUCAAACAACAUGCUUGCCAGUGGUCUUUGUCCUGUUGCCGACCGCGAUAGUGCUGAUCUCUUUUCCGAGACCCUUAAAAUCGACUCGAGUACCCAGGCAGACAAUCUGAAGUUGCCGGCAAAGGCAGGAAAAGAUGGGUAUACAACGGUGUAUCAACCGCCCAUUGGCGAAUUCGAUGUUGUUCGUGUCGACAUGCCUGCUGGAAAGGAGGAUUCAGUGUGGAAUCAUAAGGGCCCGACUCUGGUCAUUGCGAUUUCUGGAGAGGGUGCUAUUCUAGGCGAUGGAAAAGAGCUUGCUGUCAAACCCGGGUUUAUUUUCUUCAUUGCAGCCGCGACGGCUACAAAGCUACGGGCUGAUACCGACCUGCAAAUUUAUGCUGCUGCAUUACGUUGA